AUGGUGAUGUGGUUGGAUGGUUAUGCGAUUGUCUCAGUAAAUCAACGAAAAAAGGUUCGUUACAUGGAUGGUUAUGCGAUUGUCUCAGUAAAUCAACGAAAAAAGGACAUCCCAGAAGUUGUCAAUACCCAGCAGGAUAUCUGGUGUAACGUGGCGAUUGAUGGUCAGUGUGUCCGGGUUAAUGCGGAAUGUGCGGAGUGCGUGCUUGUCUUCUUUACUGAGACGAUAUGGUUUGAACAGGGAAGUUAG